GUGCAAGGCCGGAAGUGGGGUUGGACAGGUUAUUCCCAGGGGUGGGGAAACGGAGGCCAGGAGGAGGGGGGAGGAAGAAGGUCGGGGGUCCUGGCCAUUGCUCUGCACCGGAGACCCGUCCUCUCGGACCGCGGGGGCGCGGAGAAGGGCCAGGCCGUCCGCCAUGGCCGAGGCCGGGGCUGGCCUGAGCGAGACCGUCACUGAGACGACGGUUACCGUGACAACCGAGCCCGAGAAUCGGAGCCUAACUAUUAAACUGCGGAAGCGGAAGCCAGAGAAAAAGGUGGAAUGGACAAGUGACACUGUGGACAAUGAACACAUGGGGCGCCGUUCAUCAAAAUGCUGCUGUAUUUAUGAGAAACCUCGGGCCUUUGGUGAGAGCUCCACCGAGAGCGAGGAGGAGGAAGAAGAAGGCUGUGGUCACACACACUGCGUACGGGGUCAUCGCAAAGGACGGCGUCACACAACCCCAGGACCAACCCCGACCACUCCUCCCCAGCCUCCUGACCCCUCCCAGCCCCCUCCAGGACCUAUGCAGCACUAACUCCCUCUCCUUCACUAUUCCUGUGUCUGCCUGGCCCCCCAUGUAUCCAUCUGGCUACGUGGGAACUCAACCCAUGGUCUGAUCCCUUCUCUAACCCCCUCCUUCCCUUUCUUCUGCCUGGUAGAGAAGAGGAAGAGGAGGGUGGACAGAGACCCUGGAGUUCUGACUUGCUGCUGUUCCAGAACCCAGGCUUCUGGGUUCCCCCAGCCCUCAUUCUUCCUGUUUUCCCUCUUGCUGAGGAUCCAGGCAUCUUGGUCCCAGUCUGUUCCUGUUCUCACUGCCAAACUGCCUGUCCUAGGAUCCAGUUACCUGGGCUGCCUGCACCCUCAAUUUGAGUCCCAAGCACUGACACUGGGUUUCCAACCGCCCCAGCUUUCACUGCCAGGGUCCCAGUCAGAUUCCAGGCAAUCCUGCACCCAGCUCUGCGUGUGAAUCCUGGCUUCCAGUUCUCCCAUUUGCGCAGUUAGGUCAUCUUAAAUUUUAGUCCUUGCCUCUGGGAUAGAGGGUCUUAUGAGACCAUCUGGCUCCUAGCCCUUCCCUCGUUACCCCUUACCACCCCACGUGGAGUUAGAGGUCUUGUCAUCCACACAGGAAAGUGAAACCAAAAAUAGUCAUGUCCUGAAUCCCAGCCUUUGAUGGGAUGUAAGUUUUCUGACAUAGCUGGCUUGAGGCUGGUGACUUAGAGCCAACCCUCUUCUCAGCCUUGAACCUUUGAGCUUAGUGUCACUGGCCCAAGGGCCUGGGUCCCUGAAAGGAGAGAGAGGGGGAGAGCAAAGAGAUAGGGGAGGGCAUGGUGUCCCUGUGGUGCACUCCUAUCCUUCCUUCCUAGGCUCUGUCUCUACCAGGCCAGGUGCCUUGCUCUCAGCCCUCCCCACCCUCCUGGGAUCUGGGUAUGGUUCUCCAGGCCUCUGCUGUGCACAGUUUAGAGAUCAGUCAAACCCAUGCCAC